AUGCCAGCGGGGGUCCCUGCACCUGGCCGCCCACCCAUCCUAUGGGGGACAGGAUCCACGGGGCUGCAGGUGAGCCAAACCCCGCUCCCGCACCACAGCAGCCCCCGGGGACAGCCACCCACUGGAUACCUGGGCAGCGCAGCAGCUGCCCCCGCCAGCGCUACGCUGGCCAGGAGGGACUGGGACAGCCAUGGCGCGGCUGUGGCCAUCCAGGCCUGGUGGCGGGGGCAGCUGGUCCGCCGGGCACUGGAGGUGGCCACUCGCAGUGCCUGCUGCAUCCAGGCCUGGUGGCAUCGUGCUGUCGCCCGUCUGCGGGAGGAGCAGCGCCUGCAGGCUCUGGCAGCAUACGUCAGGUGGGAGAGGGCCAGCGUCCUCCUCCAAGCCCAUGCCAGGAUGUGGCAGGCCAGGGACCGGUACCGGCGUUGCCAGGAGGCAGCUCGCACCAUCCAGGCCCACUGGCGGCAGCGAGGGAUGCGGCAGCAUGGUGGCACCAAGGACGGCGUGGACCUGAGCAUCGAGAUCAUUCUGGGCUCAGGAGCUGUGCUUGCUGCUAUAACCCCAGGAGGGGAAUAA